AUGCAUCCAAGAAACUCCACAUUGACACUGGGUCAAAUAGAUCAGUUAUCUUUUCUAAUUCCUGAUACUAUCAUUUCAAUUCUUAUUACGCUAGUUCUUCUCGUCGUGAUUCUCUUUAUUAUUGUGUUCAGCACAUCAUGUUGGAGGUACUUUCUUGGUUCCUCAUCCAACAAACGAAUUUCAGUUGGACAACAUCCAUUGAGCAACAUGAAACGAAAUCAAAGAAUCAUGAUUGGACUCAUUCUAUUACUCUUGAUUAUCCAAGUUAUUGGCCUCAUAUUCCGAUGUAUUUGCGACUCGGUUGGCAUGUCCAUUCUCUCACAAGCAAGAGAUUAUGUUUCGAAUCAUUAUGCUUCAAACUCAUCUCUCUACUUGGAAACUUUUGUAUAUGAAAAUAGUUCAUUAGUUAUUAAUGAUGGUUCUGUAAUUCCAUACUCCAAAUUACUGGGAAUGAGUGCCAUGCUCAGUUUUGAAUUGUUUUUCACGUUAUCGAACAUGAGUGUGCUCAUGUUGAUCAUGUGUUUCAUUGGAAAUGUGUUCCUUCGAACGGUUCAGCUCUCCAGCACUCAAACUACCUUCCUUGGUGCUGGUUACAAGACGGCACGAGUUCUAUUCAAUGUUGUGACAGCAAUUCUGUCGUCCAUUGUCCUGUUGGUGAUGUUGACAAUAGCUAUCAUGUUCUUUUUCACGAAGUUGAAUUUAGUUCCUGAUAUACACCUGGAGUUGAGCUUGGUUGCAUUUUCAAUCUUUAUCGUUCAAAUAGGGCUCCAGUUGGUUGCAACUAUUAUCAUUUCACUCAAAGUUCUGCAAGUGAUCAAAGCGAAUCGAUCCCAUCAUCAGCAUAACGACUCACAAACCAAACAAGCAUUCAUUAAGGUGGUAGUUUUGCAAAUCACUCUCACGUUGUGUGCUGAUCUUCAAGUGGUUGCAAUGGCUUUUGGAGCUGUCAUUAGUGAAUGGGUUUAUUUCAAUUGGUUUUAUUUAAUUCUCAAUAAUUUUGGAAUCCUGUUGUUUGCAGUGGUUUCACUCGCUCUUUAUCAUCCCAUCUUUCAUUUCAAAAGCGUCGUUCCAUCAACCACUAUGAGUAUUGGCUCACCCUCUCAUCAACAUGGAAAAUCCUCUCUUCAAUCCUGUCAGCAACACACUCUUGACCAAAAGAAUGAAACUGUCAUGUUGGAUUCAAACUCAACUGCCUUGAACAACGAGACGCAAGAAGUGGUCGAUACUGUUGUCUAA